GAUGCAAUUUUUGGUAAAAUCUUCAGGAAGAGUGGGAUACUUCGGAUUUGCUACAGCAGCUGCUACUCAUAAGGAUAUAGCUGGAAAGAAUUUCUUAAAAUUUUAAAGCAAAUAUGCAGAAUAUGUCACUCAAUUCAAUCAAAAGCUGUAAGAGCAUUAUCUUUAAUCAUGUAGUGAAGCUAUUGAGAAAGAUAAUAAGGCACCAAAUGUUGCACCUCAAGGUAAAGCAUUCGAGCAUCCAUAUAAUAAUCCACAUAAUCCAGUUAACUUCAGUGGUGUAAGUGUUAAAUAUUAUAUCAUAGAUUAAAUCAUCUGAAUUGUUUUACAACUUCAUUGGACCAGAAUAAGUUUCACCACAUUAUGAAAAUUUCCUUGUUGCAAGAAAAUAUCUUCUUUUAACUUAUGGAGGAUUGAUUGUUAUUGGAUUUGCAGCAGGCACAACAAAUCUUCAUUGGAUUGCUAAAUCAUCAUUCUUACCAUUCUUAUUCUGGAUGCAAAUUAUGUAUUUCUACUUGGAAGGUCGUAAAUCAUUUAUGAAACCAUUACUUGCUAGAUUUUACAGAAGAGUAGCUGGAAAUGAAUGUUUCUAAUUAGAUCAAUAUUAUCAUGAAAAUAUGUAACUUAAAAUUCGCACACUACUUGAAGCAGCUAAAGGAUAGAUUGAAUAUGGAUAAUUACAUAAAGAAUUCAGAGAUGUUAAAGCAGAAUUAAUUAAUACUGUAUUUAUUAAUAAAUUAUAUUCUUUAGUUUCUUAUGAAUGAAUAAUUAAAUCUAUAGAGACAUGUUGUUGAAAGAUCAUAAAACAUUCUUAAAUAAGUUUAAUAAUCAGAAUAAGUAAUUAUAAGAUUAUAUUAAAUUAGAUUAAUUAAAAUAGAUUAUUAUAAGAAAUUAUUGAAGCUGCUUAAAAAUCCUUAGAAACUAAUUUGAAGAAUAAUCUUCCAGAAAUUUAAAAGGCAUUAUUCAAAUCUGCUCUAAAAGGUUUAGCAUAAGGAAAAAUGACUUAUGAAAAUGAUCCUUUAAUUGAGAUGAUACUUAAAACAAUUAAAGAACAUGUUAGUAAAAUAUAAAAUCUAUCUCCUGCUGAGUAAAAUUUUGAUUAAGACUUUCUAGAUAGAAGAAAUUGAUUUCACUAAGUAAAGAUUAAUUAGCAGCUAUCUAAGCAAAUGAUAAAAAGUAAUUAUUAUUAAUAAUAAUAAAACAGAGCUAAGGAAGAUUUCUUAAGAGCUGAACCUAAGAUUGAUUAAACCUUAAAAAACUAUGAAAAUGUGAAGAGAUAAAUUGCUUCAUGGGGAUAAUGAA